AUUUUUCUUUUCAUAAAGUUGUCAACACUGUAUUGUUAUCUGCCAAAAAUACCGGCAUGGAAUAGAAAAAGUUUUAAUUUCAAUUUCUACUAAAAACAAACAAUAAAAUAACAUAAAAUGUUGAAAACAUGUCGAAUAACAUUGUGGCGAUUCAAUAAUAAACUUUAUCAGCUAAAACUGCAUACAACAACACGUUUUGCUACUACCAAGGCCAAUAAUGAAAAUUCCACUAACGAAUCUACAGAUGAAAAACUAAAUAAUUUUGCCAAUAUACCAGUGGAACAUAUACGAAACUUUAGUAUUAUUGCACAUGUGGAUCAUGGCAAAAGUACAUUGGCCGACCGUUUGUUGGAACUGACUGGCGCCAUAUCACGUAACUCCGGCAAUCAGGUAUUGGAUAGUUUACAAGUUGAAAAGGAGCGUGGAAUAACGGUGAAGGCACAAACUGUAUCCAUAUUUCAUACUUAUAAAAAUGUCAAGUAUUUAUUGAAUUUAAUUGAUACUCCUGGGCAUGUGGACUUUUCCAAUGAAGUUUCACGGUCAUUGGCGGCAUGUGAUGGUGUUAUUUUAUUGGUCGAUGCCUGUCAUGGUGUACAAGCUCAAACAGUGGCCAAUUAUCAUUUGGCUAAAACACGUAACUUGGCUGUGGUACCAGUGCUCAAUAAAAUCGAUAUUAAACAUGCUAAUCCGGAGAAAGUUUGCAAAGACUUAAAAAAUUUGUUCAAUAUUGAAACGGAUGAUGUUUUGAAGGUUUCUGCUAAACUUGGUACUGGUGUUCCUGCUGUUUUAGAUAGAGUUAUUGAAGUAAUACCACCACCAAAGGUAGAUCGCAAUUCAGCAUUUCGUGCUCUUUUAUUUGAUAGUUGGUUUGAUCGCUAUCGGGGAGCAUUGAAUUUAAUUUAUGUAUUAAAUGGAAAACUUGAAGUUGGUCAAGAAAUCCAAUCUUUGAAUACGAAAAAAGUGUAUCCAGUUAAAAGCAUAUCCUUGUUAAGACCAGCUGAAACUGAACUCCCUUGCAUAGCUGCUGGCCAAGUUGGUCUAAUCGCCUGUAAUAUGCGCAACAGCAAAGAAUCCAUUAUAGGUGAUACAAUACAUUUAAAAAACGAUAUAUGUGAUGCUAUAGGAACUUUCAAACCCCAACAACCCAUGGUUUAUGCUGGUAUAUUUCCUUCCGAUCAGUCCAAACAUGUUGCCUUGCGUAGUGCAAUUGAUAAAUUAAUUCUAAAUGAUUCAGCUGUUACUGUGAAAGUUGACUCCAGUCCAGCUUUAGGACAAGGUUGGCGUUUGGGUUUCUUGGGUCUUCUACAUAUGGAAGUAUUUUGUCAGCGUUUAGAACAAGAGUUUGGUGCUGAGCCCAUAAUAACAGCACCCUCGGUAACGUAUCGUGUGGUAUUGAAAAAUCCCAAAAUGAUAAGACAAAUGGGCACUGAUACAAUGGAAAUAUCUAAUGCUGCUCUAUUUCCUGAACCUAUAAAUAUCAAAGAAUAUUAUGAACCAUUGGUAAAGGGUACAAUAAUAACACCCAAUGAAUUUGUGGGCCAAAUCAUAAGUUUAUGUGUCGAACGUAGAGGUAUCCAGGAGAGUUCCAUAAAUAUCGAUAAUGAUCGCAUGCUUAUGAAUUAUAUACUGCCUUUAAGUGAAAUUAUAUUAGAUUUCAAUGAUCAUUUGAAAUCAUUAAGUUCCGGUUAUGCUAGUUUUAAUUAUGAAGAUUAUGGUUAUCAUUUAACAAAUUUGGUGCGUUUAGAUAUUCAUCUAAAUGGCAAACCGGUAGAAGAAUUGUGCCGUAUAGUUCAUGUUACAAAAGCCAAAGAUGUGGGACGUGAUAUGACAACUAAACUUAAAGAAAUGAUACCCAAACAAAUGGUACAAAUUGCCAUACAGGCAUGUGUGGGUAGUAAAGUUUUGGCAAGAGAAACUAUUAAAGCUUAUCGAAAGGAUGUUACCGCUAAAUUGUAUGGUGGAGAUGUAACAAGACGUAUGAAACUACUUAAACAGCAGGCUGAAGGCAAAAAGAAAAUGCGUCAAUUUGCCAACAUUCGCGUACCACAUGAAACUUUUAUUAAUGUCUUAAAACGUUAAGGAAAGUAGUAAAAUUCA